UUAAGAACGGCCGUUGAGAAGCGGCGUUAACGGUUGUCGGCAGAGGCGGCCAGAUAAGUCUGAGUUCAUGAAGAACAUUUUGAGGCGGCUAUUAGUUACUAGAAGAUACUACAGAAGGCUUGUUUGGACUUUAUGAUUUUCAUUACUGAGAAGGGAGUGUUUGCUCUUGUUCACUUACAGAAGAAACUGUUUUAACUCACCUUUAUACUAGGAUCCUCCAUUUCCAAGCUGGCUAAAGAGGAGCAAAAGAUACCUGUUCCAGAACUGCUAACUACCCCGACGGAGAGAAACAAUGCAAGCCCUAAUACGACCCAGCCGAUACCGAUGGACCUCUAUGAGCCGGGAAGAACAGCUCAAAGAAGCCGCCAUGGCCUUUAUUCGCCUGUGUGCAGAACAUGGUGAUGGUGAUAGCCCGAGGCAGCCUCAUGUGGCCCCUCAGCUGGACCCCUACACAAGAGCCUCAGUGGCCUCGGUGGCCAGGCCUACGCUUCCUGUGGCGAUCAAACAAGGUCAGGCAGAAUCCAGCUUGCAGUCAGAUAACCCUGAGGAUUCCAGAGUUUCUAAGAAACCUGUGAUGAAAAGGAAAGUUCUGAGGCGAACGCCUGACGGAGAAGUACAAGUGACAGAUGAAUCCAUCAUCAGUGAAACAGAAUCCAACAGUCCAGGUAACCCUGAGUAUGAGAACUUAAGUCAGAGAAUGUACCUUCUGAAUGCUCAGGAGGAGGAAGAGUCUGAGGAGGAGAACCAGCCCCACAAUUCGCCCAAGUCAGAGGCAGUCUAUUCUUGGAGCACCACGGAGGAGAGCCGGAGUCAGGGCUCCCGAAGAGAGAGCCAGAGCCACAGCACUUCAUCCUUUGAGCAGGACUUGAUCCUAGCUGGGCACCCCAAGUCCUUCAUAUUACCAAGGUUGGAGCAGCUCAGUCGGAACAGAAUGAAGACCGAUCGGGUUGCCCGUUACUUGGAACAUAAGCAUGACUGGGAAUCCCUGCGGCUUCCAGGAGAAGAUGCCAGGAAAGGUGUGCGCUGGAGCAUCCGGGAACAGAUGCUCUACAAGUCAGAAUUGCCUCCUAAGGCUCAGCAUGUUUAUAUCCCCAACAAUUACCUGGUGCCUACUGAGAAGAAGAGAUCUGCCCUGCGCUGGGGAAUACGCUGUGACCUGGCAAAUGGUGUUAUGCCUAGAAAUACCUAUUCCUCCUAGGAAUCUGGAAUCUUUAAGAUUCCAUACACAGAAGUACUUAGUAUAUCCCAAAGAGCUAGCUAACUUCAAACAUGCAGCUAAGCUAAUUUUAUUUCUUUCCAAUUCCAAUCCUGCCCCAUUGGAUCUUAAGAUCUGUCUUGGCUCUCAGAAUGGCUACUUUCUGGCAAAAGAGGACUUUUUAAAAACCUAUCCUUGUUAAGCAAUUGUCUCAGAUUGUAUUAUUUGAAUGUAAAUACUAUCCCAUAAGAAGCCAGGCAGAAAAUGAACCAAAGCCUACUGAAGUGUAAUCAUUUUUCUUUGGAGAUCCUUCAUACACAUCCCCUCUUUGAAGCAAUGAACUCCUGUACUUUAAAAAAAGUUUUAACUUCUGGGUGUAUAGAUUAAAUUAAAUUUAUGAAGUAAAAUGAUUAUUUUAGUCUUUCCAAAGGCCAGCUUGAUUUCUCCUCCUGCCUUUCAUCAUGCAUUAGGGUUGCUGUUCAGAGCUACAGAAGUAAACUUUCCGCUGGAAUGAGAUAGAAGUUAACAGGUAUAUCUCCUUGUGUGUGAAACUGAUGUUUUACAGAUACUUGUCAGAAUAGUUGGGUAUUUUCUUCA